AUGAGUGAAGAUAAUGAAAAGAUUGAUGGUGUGAGUGAACAUGAGGUCCCCAAUAAUAUUGAAAAUUUAUCCGUUGAUGAACAAUCAAUUCCGUUUUUUGAUAUUCGUGAUCCAAGAAAUUGGGGUAAUCUUGAUACUAAAUCAAGAGACAUCCUAGUUGAAAAAGGACCCAUUAGAGAAUUAGGUAUCGUGUUUCCUUUAGAUAACAUGUCUAGACAUUUUUCAUAUGCUUAUUAUGAUAGAAAGUUAAGCAAUGGUGAAACUAGUGAUCGAAAAUGGUUACUUUAUUCAAAAUAUGAGGAUAAAGUAUAUUGGAAGCAUCUUGGUGAGAGACUUAAAGAACAUGAGAAUAGUAUUGAACAUAUGAAUAACAUGUUAUCUUGGAAUGAACUAAGAGUAAGAUUGAAAACAAACCAAACAAUCGAUAAAGACUUGCAACAAGAGAUUUUAAAAGAAAAAGAACGUUGGAGGCAAAAGUUGUAUCAACGUAGCAAUGGUAAUUUUUUGGGGUUAAUUGAAAUGAUUGGAGAAUUUGAUGUGAUAAUUCAAGAUCAUAUUAGAGGCAUUCAAAAUCAUGAAGUUCAUUAUCAUUAUCUUGGCCCUAGAAUUCAAAAUGAGUUAAUUUCUCUUUUGGCUCUUAAAUCUCUCGAUCUUAAUGUUGAUGAUGUGAGGGGUCAAGGUUAUGAUAAUGGUUCUAACAUGAAGGGAAAACACCAAGGGGUACAAAAUCGAUUACUUGAAGUUAAUCCAAAAGCGUUAUAUAUGUCAUGUGCUUGUCAUAGCCUUAAAUCUUACUCUUAUAAAAGGUUGCAAUUAAAAUCUAUGUGCAUUAAUGCUACCAUGGAACAAUUUGAAGGUGUAGUGAAGUAUUUUGAAAAGUAUAGGAAUGAAGGGUUUGCAUCAAAUGUGGAUGUAAAUGAUCUUUAUUCUGAGUUAAAGGUGUUGCAGGUGACUUUGCCAAACAAAUCAAUGACGACAGUUGAAAUUCUUGAGUUUGUCAAAGUUGUAGAUUGUUACCCUAAUGUUUCGGUUGCUUAUCGAAUUAUGUUGACAGUACCUGUAACCGUAGCAUCUGCAGAAAGGAGUUUUUCAAAAUUGAAGUUAUUGAAGACGUACUUGAUGUCAUCAAUGUCACAAGAAAGAUUGAAUGGAUUGGCAAUAUUCCAUUUUAAUGGUGAUGUUACUGGUCUCGACCUUAGCUGUGGUAUGUUACAGGGUACCAUCCAUCAGAACACCACCCUGUUCAACCUUCCUCACCUUGAGAGACUCGAUCUUGCUUUCAAUGAUUUCACUAAUUCCCAUCUUCCAAGUGAAAUUGGUCGGUUUUCUAAUAGUCUCACACAUCUCAACAUCUCUAAAUGUGGGUUUGUAGGUCAAGUUCCUACUGACAUAACAUUUCUUCGUAAAUUGGUGUCUCUUGAUCUCUCUUCUAAUUCUUUUGGCGUGGGGCUUGAACCUCGUGUUUUCAACAACUUGCUUCAAAAUUCUACUCAUUUGAGAGUCCUUUCUCUUGCUUAUGUUAAUCUCUCUUUAGUUUUACCCACAUAUCUUAAUAUCUCUUCUACUCUGAAAUCACUCGAUCUUAGAUCUACUCAUUUGCAAGGGAAACUACCUCAAAACAUAUUCAACCUUCAAUAUAUGGAAAACCUUCAACUUUCAGAGAAUUACAUAACUGGCCAAUUGCCCAAAGUUAACGCAAGUGCUAACAUCCCUCUUAAGCACUUACAUCUCUCAUCGAAUGACUUAUCGGGGGAUAUACCUUUCUCGAUUGGCCAUCUCGAGUCUUUGGAAACUUUAAUCAUCUCUUAUUGUGGUUUCAUGGGUCCCCUUCCCAAAUCCAUGGUUAAUCUCAGGCACCUUACUACUAUAGAUUUGUCGAGUAACAUGCUUAACGGAACGUUGCCUUCUUGGUUGUUUACUCUUCCCUCACUAGAAAUAAUCGAUCUGAGUAACAACAAGUUCCAUGGUAGCUUACCAUUGGAGAUGUUCAACCAUCAAUCGUUAAAGAAAUUAUCCCUUGGAAAUAAUCAAAUGGUUGGCAAGAUUGAUGUCCUUGAUCAUGUUCCCACAUUACAAACGUUUCAAAAGCUCACCAGCCUUACGGUCCUAGACCUUUCAUUGAACAAUUUUACAGGUCACUGGGAGUUGGAAACACUGUUAUUGAAUCUCAGAAACCUUAUAUCAUUCGAUCUUUCAUAUAGUGGUUUGUAUGUUAUGACCUACAAUGCUAAUGGCUAUAUCAACCCUGAUUUUCGAUACUUAGCACUGAGGUCUUGCAAGUUAACCGUGUUUCCAGAGUCUUUACGGGCCAUGAAAGAUCUUUGGUAUUUAGAUCUAUCUAGCAACGCGAUCCGUGGUCAUAUUCCUGAUUGGGUAGGGGAGAUAGGAGGAAAUGAGCUUGGGUAUUUGAAUCUCUCACAUAACUUCAUAGAAGGAUUGCCGCAACUUCGAUGGUAUGGACUACGCCAACUGCAUCUGCAGUCCAACAAGAUUCAAGGACCCUUCCCUCCAUCUAUUUGCAACAUGAGCAUUCUAACAACUUUGGUUAUGUCAAAUAAUAGGUUUGGUGGAGUGAUUCCACAUUGCGUUGGGAACAUCAGCUCCAAUCUUAAUAUGAUGGAUCUGGGAAACAAUCAUUUUCAUGGCACCAUCCCGAAUGCAUACGAGCAUUGUGGAGAAUUAGCAGGGCUUAUUUUGAAUCAAAAUCAAUUAGAAGGAGAAGUGUCGAGUUCUUUGUUGAAAUGCCAAUAUUUGGAAGUCCUUAAUCUAGAAAACAACCUCUUGAAUGGCACGUUCCCAGGCUGGUUGGGAGAUCUUCCAUUUUUGAAGAUUCUUGACCUAAAUUUAAAUAACUUUCAUGGUCCCAUCGAAACUUCUUCCACACGAAAAGUCCCAUUUCCAUGUUUGCAAGUCCUCGACUUGUCUCACAACGGGUUUGUUAGUCAUCUCCCCCAAAAAUAUUUUCAAAGUUUCAAUGCAAUGAAGAAUGUGGUAAAGAACCGUGAAAAACCAUCAUAUUUGAGCAUUAAUGGGUUGCAUUAUUCUAUGAAUGUUGAUAUGAAAGGGGUGGAGCAAAGUUUUCCACAAAUUUUUGUUCACUGCACAAUUCUUGAUCUCUCAAACAACAGAUUUGAAGGCGAGAUUCCAGACAUCAUUUGUAGUCUUAAGGCAUUGAUAGUGCUCGACUUAUCCCACAACAGCCUCAUCGGCCGAAUUCCACAUGCACUAGGGAAUCUUUUAGAGAUUGAAUCAUUGGACCUAUCUUGCAACCAACUCGCAGGAGAGAUCCCUAAAAGUCUUGCAGACUUGAGAUUUUUGGAGUUCUUAAAUCUCUCGCAAAACCAUCUUGCGGGUCGUAUUCCAAUAGGAAAACAGUUCAACACAUUUGAAGAGAACUCAUUUGGAGGGAAUCCAAGACUCUGUGGGCUACCGUUACCUGAAAAGUGUGAACAUCCAUACAAACCACCGGUUAAAGUCGAUGGAGACCCGGAGAGCGAAUUUACAUGGAUAGUAUUCAUGUUGGGUUAUGGUUGUGGGACACUGGUUGGAUUGGUAAUGGGAUAUCUCAUGUUGUCAACUGGAAGACCAAUGUGGCUUAGUGCAAUUGUUGAUGCAACAGAGAAUAUGAUCAAGACAAGAUACAUGUACAUAGGAAAAUGA